GGUUUUUUUCUACAGCAAAAAUGAAGUUGUUAUUUAUUUAUUUAUUUAUUUAUUUAUUAGCAAGUUCAUCCGUGAUGACCAUUUCAUAUAUGUAAAGUCUCCGUAUGUAUGUUUUGGUUUAUCAUGGUCAAACACCGUUUUAAAAAUAAAUGAUAAACAAAUGAAGAAGUCGUAUGUGUUCCAAUCUACCAACUGGGCCACGGAAACAAUCACCAGGCGGAACGACGAACGUUACGGAAAUAUUACCAGACGGACCUAUUCUUCAGAGACACUGGAGGCGCAGUUCAGCGGAAAACCUGCAACACUGGAAGAAUCAGCAUGGCCGAGCAAAGGCUGCUGUUUAUGGAUAUUGAACCAAAGUCAAGCAACUCCGCUGCUCCUGGGGGCAGAGUUGAGAAACCCCUCUGGACUCGUAGUGACAACACCUUCACAUUCGACUUCUUCCCUGACAACUCUCCAGCACUGCAGGAGAAAACCUCUCCAUCAGACAGGACCGCGCCAGGACGGAGCCAGGUAUCCUUUACGGGAGAGGGCUCUGCUUUUGCCUUCAACUUCCACAUCCCUGGUGUUACACCUGUACAAGACAUGGAGACGGCAGAGACCCCAGACACAUCUUCUCCAGGAAGCCAAGAGGAAAAGCCUUCCUCGCUGCAGGAGGUAAACAGUCCACCUGAACUGUCGAUGCAAUCCAAAGCAAAGAAGAAGAAAUCUGGAAAGAAAAAAGCCUCAGAUAGCACUAAGGUACAACAGAAGCCAGAUGAGGGGAGUCAAGGAGUUGAAGACACAGAGCUGAGUGCAGAAGACCAGUUGAACAGACAGCUGGACUGGUGCAUCGAGCAGCUGGAGCUGGGAAUGCGAUCCCAGAAGGGCACACCCAAACAGAAGGAGGAGGCCUCUCGUGCCCUGAAGACUCUACGUAGCUCUAAAGCUCCCUUGGUCAAGAAGAGGCAGGUGAUGAGAGCCAUGACUGGAGAGUACAGGAAAAAAAUGGAAGAUGAGAAGAAGAAGCAGUUCAAACUCAUUCAGAGCGAAAUUGCAUCAUCUCACGUCAAAGUUGUGUCAGAUUCCCCAAAGAAGUCUGUUUUCCGCCGGAGAGCUAAAGUCAAAUCCCAGACCCAAGCCAGAGAGGAUACCCCUCAGCAAAAUGAAGCCCAGGAUACAGACCUGACACCACUGACUCAUGAGGGAACAUCAGCUUUUGUCUUUACUCCAUCAAAGGAAGAGUUUCGCUUCAAUUUUCUCUGAUUUUUAAACCUGAAGACAAACUCUUCAUCGUACAUUAUAUUUUGAACUGUGCCUGGACAGUCUGGUCUCAGCUGGACAUUCUUUGUGAUAGAAACAAGGGAAAAGCACACAAAACAAGGGCUGUAAUGCAGAUAACGGGAGAAACUAUUACAGUCACAAUGCUAAUAUUCAAAACCCUUACCUGAUUGCUGCUUGUACCAUAUUUCUAAAUAAAUCUUUUUUUAAAUUUU